GCGCCUCCGCUCUCUAUGAUCUGGACGGAAGAACGUGGAGCUCCAUGUUAACUCGCAGGCGAAAAGGCGGCUUCCUUCUUUACCCUCCCAAAAUAAAAUGGAGGCGAUGAGGUCCGCUUGAAGCUUCGGUCCUCCUCCGAAACAGUUUAGGGGGGAAGGCAGCCUUGAGGAGCUUUACCGCUUCUAAUACUGACAGCUACUAUACUACCAAAAUGACAUCUACCUCCACACAAUUUCAACCAUCUGAGAAUGCCUGCAGAUCAUCACUUGAACCAGUCAAACAGGUACGACCAAAAUUGCAACUGUUGAAAGUUCUGCAUGCAGCAGGUGCUAAGGGCGAAACUUUUACAUUAAAAGAGUGUAUGAUCUAUCUUGGAGAAUACAUUGCACAGAAACAGUUAUAUGAUAAAGAGCAGCAGCACCUGGUACACUGUGGAAAAGACCAGCUGGGGAAGCUUUUGGGCUGUCAGAGUUUCUCUGUAAAAGAACCAAGCCUUGUUUAUGAUAUGCUGAGAAGGAAUGUGACUCUUGCCACUACUACAGAUGCUGCACAGACACUUGCUUUCGCAAAGGAUCAGAGUGAGGAUAAUCCAAGUCAAGAUCGGCUGAAGCAUAAUAACACAGAGAGCAGUUUCAGCACUGAACAGGAAGACCAUGAAAAUGAUCUAUCUUCCUUAAAGCAUACAUGCAAGGAGAAAAAAGAUGGGGUACUAAUAGAUAACCUUUCAAAAGAGCAGACCACAUUGGAUUUGUUAGUUGAAGAAUGGGAUGUAGCUGGCCUUCCAUGGUGGUUUUUAGGGAAUCUGAGAAACAAUUACAAAUCCAGAAGUAAUGAUUCAACAGAUAUACAUACAAAUAAGGAUGUGGAUACUGCUAUUGUUUCAGAUACUACAGAUGACUUGUGGUUCCUCAAUGAAACUACUUCAGAUAACUUCAGUGUCACAGUCCCAUCAAAAAUAGUUGAUUGUGAACAAGUUAAUGAAGAAAGAAAAGAAGAUAAUAAAGUAAUGAGUGAAACAGCAUCUUGUGAUGACCUUGAAGAUUCUCAGUUUUUAAGUGAUGAUACAGAUACUGAUAUUCCCUCUGAGCAGGACAGUUGGCAGUGUGUCAAAUGCAAGAAGUUCAAUUCUCCCAUUAAAAGGUAUUGCUUCCGCUGCUGGGCCUUAAGGAAAGACUGGUUCUCUGAUUGUCCCAAGCUAAUACCAUCACUGUCUACAUCCAACAUUGCUAUAAUACACGGUAAAGAAGACCUGAAAGGCAUAGACGUUCCAGAUUGCCGAAGGACAGUAUCUGCUCCAAUUGUACGGCCUAAAGACUUAUGCAGUUCAGUGGUCAAGCCCAACCUGUCCUCUAAAAGCUCUAUGGAUUCUUUGGAUCUAGCCCUGGGAUGUAAAGACAAAGAACCCUCUCUGCGGCUUCUUAAGUGCACAGAAAAAGAAGUGCAACCUCUUGAAAAUAGCAAAGAAUUAAUGAAGCCUUGCCUUGUGUGCCUGAAGAGGCCGCGGAAUGGGAACAUUAUCCAUGGAAGGACAGCUCACUUGGUGGCCUGUUUCACAUGUGCAAAACGAUUGAAGAAAGAACGUUCAGUUUGCCCAGUCUGUAAAAAACAGAUUCAGAUGGUGGUUAAGACAUUCAUAACAUAGCUGUGUUAUUUGUUUGGAUGCUAUAGACAUUUGGUAUUCAGCUAUUAUAAGAAAAUUCUGCAUGGUCCCAGAGUGCUAUUCAAGGAAAGUAAAUAAUAUAUUUUAUUCUGAACUUGUGAAAGGAAGAAUUUAUUUCUCAUCAUUAAAUAUAACACAAAAACAUAUCUACUAUGAAUCUAUUUCUUAGCUAUUUCAAUUUUGGAAAACAGCUGAAAUAAAUUGGAAUUUUAAAAGUUUUGUUUGUUAUCACAGUUCAUACUUAGACCAUGUGAUAGCUGUAAGUUAAGUAAUAUGUUUGUAAAGAUGCUGUAAAACUGUAAAAUCCACAAAUAUCAUGCUGAACGUUGCCAAUAUGUUUUUUUCUUAUUUCUAAAGCAUAUAAUUUUGCACAGUGCUUGUAAGUAAAGAAGAAAUUUGUAGAAAUAUGAAAAAGCUACUGUGUUUCCCUGAAAACAAGACCUAUCCCAAAAAUAAGCUUGAUGUUUACACUUUCACCCAAUAUAAACCCUACUCCACCAAAAUAAGCCCUAGUUAAGACCUUGCCCACUCCAUUGCACCUGGUUGCAUGGGGUAAGGCGAGGCGCACAGGUAAAAAGCGAGGGGGAUGGGGAGGGAUGGAGCUGCUUACCUUCAGACAGUUGCAGCCAGGCCUCACACACCCCGACACCUGCCUCGCCUUGCCUUGCGUUGCCCACUUCUGCUGCUGCUGCUUGCGUGCAUUGCACCUAGUCUCCGUUUCACUAUCGGAGGCCUUCAGGAAAGACCUCUGCAGCCAAGAAAAGAGCUCUGGAUUGACGUGCGCAUCAAUCCGGAGCUCAUUUCUUGGCUGCAGCAAAACAGAUAGCGAAAUGGAAGCUGGGGGCACCAUGUGCGCAAGUCUGGAGCUUGUUUCUCAGCUACAGAGGCCUUUCCUGAAGGCCUCUGUUAGCGAAACGAGGCCAGGGGUGCCGUAUGUGUCAAUCCGGAGCCCGUUUCUCAGCUGCAGAGGCCUUUUCUGAAGACCUCUGAUGGCGAAAUGGAGGCCGGGGUGACAUGCAUGAGUGGGCCGGCAGCAGCCACUCGGGCUGGGCGGGGCUGUCCGUGUUGCUGCAGCGAGGGGAGUCAGUGGAAGAAAUCCCCCCAAAAUAAGACCUGGUACCUUUUUUGGUGGCAGAAAAAGGACUGGGUCUUAUUUUCGGGGAAACAUGGUAUAUAAGUGAUGGGUUUGCAACCUAUUAGAAAUUAUAGAUAUACCAGUUCAAGGCUUUAUUUGAACAUUGCUCUUUACAAAAAUCUCUGUUCAGGAGCUAAUAUACCCAGAUCUUCUGAUGUUCCUAUGAUAGAUAGUAGAAGAACAUUCUAUAUUAAAACUGUGAAAAUUCUCUCUCAAGAGAGAGAACAGUAGAUGCUCACUGAAACAAUGUUGUGUAUAGCGGCAGUGGAUUAUAAGUUUGUGAAAGUAGUGCAGUAUUUCUCCAUAGAGAAAUGCAUUUUUCCCUUUAUGCUCACAUGGAAACUUUAAAAAGUGGUGCAAUUUGUUUUUAAUUCCUUCUGACUUCCUUAAGCCAAAUUUAAGUUGCUUUUUGCUUCUUCUAUGUUCCAAGUCCUUUUCUGUUGGAAGACAGUGAUACUGGUGACUUUGAUUUUGGGAAGUAAACAUGUUUUCCAUCAACUCUUAACUUCCCAUUAACUCUUGCUAUAUGCCUUCAUUGCAUAUUUUGUCAAGGUGCUUAACUCAUGCAUUUGGUAGAAUGGCAUGUGAUUUUAUGGACUCAUUUUGAAAUAGUUAUUUAAGAAAAAUCCUUACUGUAUGCACAAUAAAAUAUCUUAUUUACUGGA